AUGCAAAUCGAUACCUGGCUAAGAAAAUUCAUCGAUGAUUGACCAUCACUAGUACCACUGGAUGCAAAAUGCCUCAAUAUCUGAAAAGUUGAUGUAUUCAAAUGCUGAGCUCGAUUUUGGCUGUUGUUGUUGCUGUUGCUUCUGCUGCCACCACUGCCACCAAAGUGCAUGUUGUAAUUGGGAUUGGUAUUGGGACUCGGUGUCGCGAUGGAGCAGGAAAUCGGCACCUGGGACUCAGUCCUGCUGGAGAACCUGUCCGAGGAUAGCUUCAUAAACAACAUCCAUCAGCGUUACAAGCGCGAUCACAUUUAUACCUACAUUGGAACUUCUGUUGUGGCUCUGAAUCCAUAUCAUCACAUAUCUGAGCAUUCGCUGGACAAUGUCCGAAACUAUGGCGACAAAGGCAUUUUUCAGCUGCCGCCACACAUCUAUGGACUUACAAACCUGGCCUACCAGUCGCUCAAGGACCAGAGCGAGGACCAGUGUGUGCUUCUCACGGGUGAAAGCGGAGCGGGAAAAACUGAGACCUUCAAAAUGAUUGUGAAUUUUCUAACCCACAUCCAGGAGCAAUCGCACUGUCCGUCUACCCCGAACGUUUUGCGCAAGCAGUCCUCCACAAGUUCGGCCACAGGAGCAGUCUUGCACAGUCACAGGCGCGCAUCCAGCAGCUGUUCGGGCACUGCCAAUUUUAUUAUCUGUAAGAAUCGUGCGGAAAAUCCGAUUCCAAACACCACGAUUUCGAGGCGUCAAAGCCCAUCGCCAGGACCAUCCCAGCGUUCCAGAACGCAGGAGGAGAGUAUCGAGCGCCAGAGCAGACGUCAAAUGCGCGAGAAGAUAGUGGAUUUUGACUUCUCGCACCACAAGAGCAGUGAGAACAUAAGCACCUUGCUCGAAUCGCACGCCCACCACUUGCAUCCGACCAAGUCGUGCUUCAAGCACCAGCAAACACAAGUUCCGCCCGCAAAGGGAUCACCCAAAUAUGCUGCCUACGGAGGCUGUCGCCAGUGUGGUCAUAGCAAAUGCGUCCGUGCCCAGAGUUUGGAGAAGGAGGAUCGGGCGGAGCUGCGUGGCAGCAACAGCCGCCUGUCAACCAUCACAAGCAAUCACCCUGCCCAUCUGCAACGCGGCAGCUGCUCCAACUUAAUGCGCCAGCAUUCUACGGAAAGUCAACCGGAACGGGAAAGGGAUCGAAACUCGCUGAUGGGUUCCACGCAGCGCAUCUCCCUCUACGAUGCACACAAGCUGAGCAAGGUGCUAGGUGAUCUGCCGCCCCCGCCGCCGGUGCAGCCCAGCUCCGUUUCGCCUACGCCUUCUGGUACCUCCUCUCUCCACCGGCGGCACAAGUCACCCUCGCAGCGGUUGCGCGAGUGUGUCACCUGCGCAGAUGUAUUCCUGGAGGCCAUGGGCAAUGCAUGUACGCUAAAAAACAACAACUCCAGCCGAUAUGGAAAACUGUUUGAUAUUGAAAUCGAUUUUAAGGGCGAUCCGAUGGGAGUGCACAUAACUCACUACAUGCUGGAAAAGACCCGUAUUACGGAUACCACCAUCGGAGAGCGAAACUUUCACAUCUUUUACCAAUUACUAUUGGGGGCUGAUCUCCAGUUGCUAAAAUCGCUCAAGCUCUUUCGGAAUGUGGAAAAGUAUGAACUACUUCGUAAUACAACUGCCAUGGAAGAAGAUCGAAUGAAUUUUCAUUAUACAAAACGUUCUUUGGACGUGCUUGGCCUAAGCUGUGAUGAGAUCAGCUCGAUUUUCCGGGUGAUUGCUGUGGUGCUGAAGUUGGGAAACUUUAUUUUUGUGCCUGUUACCAACAUUGAUGGAACGGAGGGUUGUCAAGUAUCGAAUGUUUAUGAGGUCCAAGAGACAGCGCAGCUUCUUAACUUGGAGGCCCAAGUCUUAAUCAAUUGCCUGACUCGGGCCAACAGUUCGAACAGUGCUCAAGAGGAUGUGGGCAGCGAAAUGGAUGCCCGGCAAGCGGCCAGCAAUCGAAACACUUUGUGCCGCACACUCUACAGCCGCCUCUUCACCUGGCUGGUGAAUAAAAUCAAUGAAUCAUUAAAGUCGACGCAGCGUGAAAAAAACUUGGCCUUACUAGAUUUCUAUGGAUUCGAAGUACUGGAUCACAACUCUUUUGAGCAGUUUGCCAUCAACUACAGUGCCGAAAAAAUUCAUCAGAACUUUGUUUUUCAUGUGCUGCGAUCUGAGCAAGAGCUGUACAUUCGUGAAGGCUUGGAAUGGUCGCGGAUUGACUAUUUUGACAACGAGUCCAUAUGCGAGCUGAUUGACAAGCCGAGUUACGGCAUCCUGAGCCUGAUAAACGAAUCCCAUCUAAAUAGCAAUGAGUCCUUAUUGCUACGAGUGCAACAAUGCUGUGCAGGACAUCCAAACUUCAUGACAAGUGGUAGCAAUUCCAUGUGUUUUCAAAUUCGUCACUUUGCCAAUGUGGUCAACUACUCGAUACAUCGAUUUCUGGAGAAAAACACAGACAUGCUGCCGAAGUACGUUAGUGCUGCCUUUUACCAGAGCAAACUGUCAUUGGUGCAGAGUUUAUUUCCUGAAGGAAACCCUCGAAGACAGGCCACCAAAAAGCCCAGCACGUUGAGCUCAAACAUUCGUACACAGCUGCAGACAUUGUUGGCCAUUGUGAAGCAUCGACGCUCCCACUACGUAUUCUGCAUUAAGCCGAACGAAGGCAAACAGUCGCACCAGUUCGAUCUGGCAUUGGUCCAGCACCAAGUGCGCUACAUGUCACUGAUGCCAUUGGUACAUCUCUGUCGAACGGGACACUGUUAUCACCUGUUGCACGUGAAGUUUUUUCAUCGCUACAAGCUGCUCAACAGUUUGACCUGGCCUCACUUCCACGGCGGCAGUCAGGUGGAGGGCAUCGCAUUGAUCAUCCGCAAUCUUCCACUGCCCUCCGCCGAGUUCACCAUCGGCACCAAAAAUGUGUUCGUCCGUAGUCCGCGCACCGUCUAUGAGCUGGAACAGUUCCGACGCCUACGAAUCAGCGAGCUGGCCGUGCUCAUCCAAAAGAUGUUCCGCAUGUACCACGCCAAAAAGCGAUAUCAGAGGAUGCGGCAAAGCCAGAUGAUUAUCUCCAGUGCUUGGCGGACGUGGAGGGAGUGCCGAUUCGGUAUUCCCUUUACAGGCCGUAGGCACUUGUGGAGUUUAUAUCGUGUUGCGCGCGAGGAGUAUCGCUCACUGAAGUACAAACGCCAGGUCAAAUGGGCCAUCGAUGUGAUAGCUCGGUACUAUCGCCAGUGGAAAAUCCGGCAGUUUCUCCUCACGAUUCCCCUACGGCUGCCCCCCAAUACACUCAGUCCGCUCUCCGUGGAGUGGCCAGUAGCACCUUCUUUCCUCGCAGAUGCAUCGCGUCAGCUUCGGGCCAUCUACCAUCGCUGGAAGUGCUACAUAUACCGCAACUCUUUCGACCAAACAGCGCGCAAUCGGAUGCGCGAAAAGGUGACUGCCAGCAUCAUUUUCAAGGAUCGGAAGGCUUCCUAUGCCAGAAGUGUUGGCCACCCUUUCGUGGGAGACUAUGUCCGUCUGCGCCACAAUCAACAGUGGAAGAAAGUGUGCGCUGAGACCAAUGAUCAGUACGUAGUCUUCGCUGACAUCAUCAACAAAAUAGCCCGAUCGAGUGGCAAGUUUGUGCCUAUUCUAUUGGUACUUUCCACAUCGUCGCUGUUGCUGUUGGAUCAGCGAACGCUUCAGAUCAAGUACAGAGUGCCUGCCUCGGAGAUAUACCGGAUGUCUUUGAGCCCCUAUUUGGAUGACAUAGCUGUGUUCCAUGUGAAGGCGUCUGAGUUUGGGCGCAAGAAGGGCGACUUUGUGUUUCAAACCAGCCAUGUCAUCGAGAUUGUGACCAAAAUGUUUCUGGUCAUACAGAACGCCACCGGUAAACCGCCGGAGAUACACAUAAGCACAGAAUUUGAAGCUAAUUUUGGCCAACAGACUGUCAUCUUCUCGUUCAAAUACGGCGGCAUGUCGGACUUAGCACAAGGCCCACCUAAGGUCACGCGCAAGGCGAACCGCAUGGAGAUAAUUGUGUGAUCUGAUACAGAAUCGGAAUCUAAUCGUGGCGGCUCAUUGAGCCUGCUCCUAUAAUCGGGGGCCAUGGGUCCGUAUCCAUAAUAAUUACAAGUCAUCAUGCAAUUGCAAUCACUUUUGCCUUUUGCUGUGGUUGAGGUCUCCGACUUUUAUAUGGUCCCAGGGAUCAAAAUACAAUUUUAGCAAUAUAAUCACACAGACACACAAGUACACUAACUCACUCAGAGACACAGAGACAGAUGGAAGACGAUUUAGUUUUGUGACACACAAGUGACAAUCAGAGUAACCGAUUUGUUGUCAGGAUUGUGCCAAAUGCAGGAGACUAGAAUUGUGCCAAGGCGGGGAAUCAAGAGCGAGCUAAUUUUAAACUGCACCCUUUUAUUUAAUCGUGUAACUUUAAACUGUAAAGUUAAUGCUAAAUGAAACUAACGAAAUGAACAACUGAAUUUAUGCAUCUAAUUUGUCUAGGUUUUAAGUGUAAGUCGUGCACCAAGUCUAUUAGCAUUGCAACAAUAAGUACAUACUAUAAACGGAGCACAUGUCGCUUAGAAGGAGGAAGGUAGAACUAGAGGAUGAAAGGAACCUUUCUUGUGCAGGUUCGACAGUGUUUUGGGAUUUUACACAAACUAUGAUAUUUCCGUUAAAGAAACCAAGGCAUUUCUCUUACAUUUAAGGUUUCAUACACAAUAAUUAGUGAACUAAUGCUAGAGAACAGACAUAUAAACCUCUUUAUAUACCGGAAACACAAACGAUGAGCAACCCUUAUAUGCAACAUGCUACGACUUAGCGAAGAAGUUACCUUUCCCAAUAAACAAUAAACAAAAAAUACAAAAAAAAAAAAAAUGUUAAACAACUAUUUACAAAGCAGAGCAAAUGAGUAGUUAAAUAUUUCAAAUAAAUAUAUAUAUGUAUAUGUAUACACCACUAAGAAAUUAAUAAUGAGUCUAUAUAGAAGCGACAACAAAGCAAGCAAAUUAUACGGAAAGUUUAUUAAGAGUUGAGAACGAAUGUAUGUAGUUGUUUAUAUAUAACUUGUUAUUGAAAGUUCGGACAUCGAACGCAACUCCUAACGUUGGAGUUUCGUUCGAAAACCUCCAAAUUCAGAGAUGUCACCAAAUAUCCGCGACACUUGUAUUCCAAUAUUUUUUAUUUGUAUUUAAGUUUUAAGUGAGUACUUCCAAAGAAAAGCCAAAUAUGAGUAAAUCGAAACCCAACCAGUUGGUAGUUUAUAAAACAAAGUUUAGCAAUAAUAAAACAUACAUAAUGAAAAAGA